CAUCCGAUCCUGAAGAUACCGGAAAAGCUGCUGUCGCUUGAGUGGCUACUCACCGAGGAGCUGAGGUGCAUUCGGUUCCAGCUGCCAGUCGAGUACGUCUACAACCCGAUCGAGUACGCCUUCGACGUCCACGCUAAGUACGUCAGGAAAUACUGCCAGACGACUAAGAAGAUCCUGUUCCUCGGCAUGAACCCGGGUCCCUGGGGAAUGACUCAGACCGGCGUUCCCUUCGGGGAGGUGAAAAUGGUCAGAGACUGGCUUGGGCUCUCGGGCUGCAUUGGAAAACCUGUCAGGGAACAGCCAGACAGAAAAGUGACCGGAUUUGCUUGCACGAGGAGCGAAAUAAGUGGGCGAAGGUUCUGGGGACUGUUCAAAGACGUUUGCCAAACGCCUGAAAAUUUCUUCAGGCAUUCUUAUCUUCACAAUUACUGCCCCAUCGCUCUCAUGGACACCAAAGGAAGGAACAUUACACCUGCCGAAUUGAAGGGCCUCGAACAGAAGACUCUCUACUACAGAUGCGACGAGGCACUCGUCGCCACCAUUAAACUCUUGCGAAUCGAGAUAGUCAUCGGCGUCGGAAGAUUCGCCGAGAAAAGGGCACAGACUGUCGUCAAAACUGCCGGACUUCCCACCCAGGUGUUGUGCAUACCUCACCCGAGUCCCCGGUCCCUGGGAAAUGAGAACUGGAGUGAGAAGGCUGUGCAGAGAUUGCAGGAGUUAAAUUUACUGAGAUAUUUUGCCAAGUAAAUUUUCACUUACAGAUAUCCAGCGUGCAAU